AUGCGGCGUGUAUCUGUAGGGCUUCGCCUGUGUCUUCUCCUCUUCCUCCUCCUCUUCCGACCUCCGACCUCCGCUGACCUGGAGGAGGUGGGUAAAGUGGCGGUGGAGGUCAUCGUCGACAGCUCCCCCUGCAGCACCACCUGCGGGCUGGGGGUUAAAACGCAAACCCUGUGUUUCCUGAAAGACGGCAAGACAGCGAUGGAAGAAGGCGUGAGGAGCACAGGCGGGACAGAGGUGUCGGAGGAGUGUCGAGUUCGCAGGGUCAAGUGUCUGGAGUCGUGGCAGUGUGGCCUCAGGACGAUGACUGUGACUGCAGGACAGAGAGUGGAGAUCGACUGUCUGGGAGAGGUCAUGGAGGCGACGGGGAGGUUCUCCUGGAGGGUGUUGUGGCGUUACGCCCGAGGAAUCAUCAGCUCGGACGACUCUCUGUUUGCUCGCUGGGAAGCUCCUCAGCUGGACCGAGUGAUUCUGGACCCCGUCGGAGAGGAGGACGCAGGCACCUAUCGCUGCGACGUGCAGGAUGGCAGCUUCCGCAGGAUGAAGAGGGUCUACUGGGGGAUCCGGGUUUUACCUGUCGGGGUUCUCGAUCUGGACUACGAAAGCUCGCUGGCCCGGUGGGAGUCGAGUGGAAACCGGCAGAACCAGACUGUGUCAGACCAGCAUGACCACAGGACGACCCUACUCUACACAGUGCUGAUCUCCUUGAGCCUCGCAGGUGCUGGGUCUGGACUGAUACUGGGCCUCUGCAGGACAGCGAAGAGGGGAGAGUGGGGGUGUUCCGACAGAUGCAGCUGUUUUUUCCAUGGGAAUUGA